AUGACUCUCGAUACUAUACUCAACAAUAAGAUGCGUGCUCGGUACAUCUCCAUGCUUUGGAAAUGCUGCCGCUGCGAAGCAGCUCCUGAAGCCCUGCCACUUUACCUUUGCAAUGCUCUCGGUGCAGAGAACAAGUCCAUUUCAGGGAAUUGGAGGUAUCCAAUUUUAACUUGUGGCGAUACAUCGUGCGCUAUAUGCUACAGACCAAAAACAAAAUGUUCAAAUUCAAAAUGUGAACACGAAAAAUGCUACGGAUGUCCUUCUCAUAAUGGCGAUAUCAAUUCUGACAAUUCAAGAAACUCUCGAGUAUCACUCACAAUCAUAGGAGGCGAAAGAUUCGCACUUACUUUCUUAAUGGGAUCUAAUUGUCGGUGGCAAUGUACUGAAAGCAGUUUCCCAAACUUCAACGUGCUCGAGGGCCCAGAACCUUCAUUUUGGGACGACGAUUACAAAGAUCCAGAGCCAACUGGGCAGAAAAUAACACGUAUAAUACCGCUACCCAGGGUUAUUGCCAACCGAUAUCUUCGAAGGGAGGAACGGCAUAUCAAGGACGAGACAAAUUCACAAUUUGAGUUGAAGGAUAAGUCUAUGGCAGAUCCGCAACCUCCCAUGUCUGGAUGCAGCCCUAUUUUACCAGACAGAGCCAUCCAAGCCUCAGAAAUAAAUUCGAGACCGGCAAAAACUUCACAUGAAAGUCUCCCACAAGCCCUUGAAAUGACUGAUAUCGGUAACAAUGUCAACAAUAGUCUAGAUAGCCUAGAAGAUAGUAGUAAGUUCACUUAUACCCCUAUCAACAGCCGAAAUCUUAUAGUUGCAGGUACCAGAAUCUCGGGAUCGGAUGAAACACAGACUAGAAGCGAUUUCACCAUCACAGAAUCAAGCGGUCAAACGACUAGACCAGACCAGUCUAAAUGUUCUGAAGUUCAGGGAUCAGCAUCCAUAUCCGUUGUGAACACACUGCCCUCUGUGCUAGCUUCCAGUGCAGAUCUCCUCCCGUUGCCCCCCUCACCCCAGCCUACGGCUGUCGUGGAAACCGAGUCUUCAAUCUCGGAUGAACACAGCCCCCAAAAUCCAAUAGUCCGUACAGAAGACCGAUCUGAAAAAGAAACUAGUUUGAAGGAUGGCGCUACUCCAGUGGAAGAGAAAGAAUCCUAUUGUAUGAGUGGAAUUGCCGGUCAAGCAGUAGAUCUUCCACGUCCACUUUCAACUGCGAACCCUACUGAUUUUGUAUCCGGUGGAAAAAAGUUUUCAUCAUAUUCGGGAUCCGCAAAUUUCAGAUCAAUUAGACCGGCAUCUCCACUCAUAAGAGCUCCGACAAGAACACCAAAGCUUUUAAGGCGUAUGCAUCUAAAGCAUCCGGCCCACAACCCACCUUUAACUCCCCCACCCAAUUCUCCGAUACCACCACCGAUCCCGCCUCCAGAACAUCAGCAAGGUCGGAUAUUCAACCCUAUUCUUAGUGAAAGGCCAACUAGGCCUCACAGAAUCUCACAAGAUUCCCCAUCGGGCAGAUGGACCCCACUAUUUCAAGAAAGUUCACCACAAUCCGGGACGCCAAAUCUUUCGACUUCUGCAGUGAUACCACAGAAAAGGCCACCAUCCCCAGCGAUCAGGCCCGCCAAGAUUAUACGUCGACAAAGAAGACUGUAG